AAUCAACCAUCAUGGCAUCAUGGGUAGUGUUCUAUCCUAUUGUCUACUCUAGCUAGCCUGUCACAAUCUCACAAUAGCCUCUCACAAUUUCAGAAACAAAAACACAAAAGGCAAAUUCGACAGCUUCAGGAAAUCAUUCAACAUGUGCUGCUCUAGUCCCUUGCAACAAUUCUUGAUGGCAAACUUUUCCACCAGCAACUUGAUUGUCAUUGACGACAAUGCUGCUGCCCCAGCUGCUCCAACGCCCACGCCAAGUCAACCUCGAAGGAUCUCUCGGAGGUCAAGAAUCGAGCAAAGGAGGAGGGGACGUGGCCCUCGUCGCCAACAGCAGGUGCAAUCCGAUGAACCCCAGUUGUGUCGUUGGGGUAGCCUGCCAAUCAGCACGGGCUCUCCAGAGAGAACAUCGCCGCAACCAGCUUUCAUGAGGUCGGAAACUCACCCCGUGCCUUCUGGAAUCGCUGAUGCACCCCAAAGGCCCCAACGUAGGGGAAGCAUGACCCACGCUCCUAGCGCGCCCGCCAUGAAUCAAAGCAAGAGAACUGGUACCAGUAGUCCAAGAAAGCCACAACGAAAGGGUAGCCUGAACGCGUCUACCAUGGAGGAAGACUACAUCAUGCCAGUGAAGCCAACAAGGAAAACACCGAAGAGGAGCCGCCCAACCAAGAAAGUUGUCGUGAACGCAUCCACAGCCUAGGCAAUUCGGUUUCGCUUGUACAGCUUAGAAAAAAGUAUUCACCCAAUGUUCAAACUUUGCAUGUCCAAAAAUGGCCAGCUUGAUGCACAUAUAUAAACGAAUGGUGACGCAAUAGAUAAGAAUAAACGGUUGAUAAUAGACUACUAAGAAUGUACAUAUGA